AUGACCCAGGAGACCGCCACCACCUCUUCUACUUCUAUUUAUAGUAUCGAGGAGACUGAUGAAAUAAAAAAAUAUCGUUUUUUUUGGUGGAAAACUGGCAACAUACACCCGAAGGCCAGGUGGGAAGAAGCUACUGAAAAUCGAUUUGUGAAAUUGGAACAGAAGCAAACACAGGUUAUCACUAAUGAACAGGAAGUAUCCCCCAUAAAAAAUAUUUCACCACCUAUCGAAGAUCAGUCCGAUAAAAAUAAUGGUAUUACUCUCUUUCCCAUGUCCAAACAUAACUCGACCCAAAUCCAAAGGAGCAAAUCUAAAUCUCUAACUGAUCCUGGGUCAUCUAUUACUUCUUUGCCAUAG